AUGCGCAGCGGACGAAAGAUUGACGAGGAGGACCCCUCCAUCCUCGACCCCAUUUUCCGAUCCGUCGACUUCUCCGACACCCGGGGCGAGCCCGCCGACGGCGAAAUGGACGCGGCCAUCUUCGACUCGUGGCUGCACAACCUCCACGGCACGAGCCUCGACGAGGCAGCGGCGAAUGCUACGGACGAGACUGAGGAUCUCGAGAGGCCUUUACGCCGCGAGAUUAUCCAAUUUUGGAAGCUCGUGCACUCGGACGUGCUUGAGUUCCUCAACGGGGCGACGGGGUACUGCGGGAAACGCGUGAGGCAGGAAUAUCUCCGCGUACCGUUUACCGGCGCCGAGGGCGCGGCGGCGGCGGCGCCGCGGAGCCAUGAUUUUGGAACGAAUGUGCUCGUCAUCCCGGCGUUUGUGGCGGAGGGUGCGGCGAUUCGGAUCACCAGGGAUGCCGUGAGGGAGAAGGGCACCGAGGCAGAGGCAAGCAUGAGUCGAGGAAACGGCUCUGACUGCCCGGGCACAAGUGUAACUCUCAACGAAUACCGCUGUCAGAAUGUCAUGUUCAGCUCACCGUCCAUGUGCCGGCGGCUUCCCGACACUUAUCCCGAUAUGCAUACACGCUACCGGAAGCUUCUACACCUUCCAGAACAUUCCCUAUGCCGAGCCCCCGUAGGCCAACUCCGCUUCCGCGCCCCCAUGCCCCGCGUCACCGUCGACCGGACCAUCCGCGACGGCUCGGGCGGACGGGUAUGUCUCCAGACGGCGGGCCCGUGGUUCCAGUACUCCAUUCCGCUCGUCAUCCAGACCGUCAUGACGACGUGCAACAACACGUCGGGCGGGCCGCCCGGCGCUCCUCCCGCUCCGACCUUGCCCGAAUCCGAGGACUGCCUCUUGCUCGACGUGACGGUGCCCAAGUCUGUGUGGAAUGCCCGCGAGACGACCAAGAGGCCGGUUCUGGUGUGGAUCCACGGUGGCGGUUACAUCCAGGGUUCCAAGGAGAGUGCCGUCGUGCCCGAACUCAUUGCGAAGAGCCAGGCGAACAACAAGGGCGGCAUGAUCAUUGUCUCCAUCAACUAUCGACUCUUUACUCACCGCACAAAACCUCUCGCAGCGGUCUCUUCGGCUUCCCCCUCGCCAGGCAUGGCAGUGGGACGUCGCCUCCAACGCGGGCCUCUACGACCAGCGCCUUGCCCUCGAAUGGGUGCGCUUCAACAUCCACCGCUUUGGCGGCGACAGCUCAAGGUCACCGUCAUCGGCGAGUCCGCGGGCGCCGGCAGCAUCAUGACGCACCUGUCGGCGUUUGGCGGCAUCGACGGCACCUCGCCGUUCCAGCGCGCCAUCGUGCAGAGCCCCGCCAUCAAGCCCGCCACCAACGCCGCGCGGUACGCCCAGCUCUUCCAGACGUUCCUCGAUACCGCGGGCGUGGCGAGCUACGCGGAGGCGAGGGCGUUGUCUACCGAGCAGCUGCAGGGUGUGAACAAUGCCAUGGUGGGCCAGUCGGCGUUUGCUGAUACCAUUUUCGGCCCCAACGUCGACGGCCUCUUCAUCCCCGACGAGCCCGUCCGCCUCAUGGCCCGCAAAAUGGUCGACAAGAACGUCCAGCUCAUCAGCUUCUUCCAGGGCCUCAUGCCCAACGUCCCCGCCGCCAAGAUCAACACCCUCGCCUCCACCGUCUACCCGCCCGUCUUCACCGGCGCCCAGCCCUACACCACCAUGACGGAGCGCCUCAAGCUCGCCGUCGGCGACGCCCUCUUCAGCUGCAACGCCGUCGCCAUCAACGCCGCCUACGGCAACAAGACGCGCGGCUACCAGUUCGAUAUCUGCCCCGGCUUGCACGGCCAAGAUGUGUCGUAUACUUUUUCAACGGCGCGCAUAAUAUCGCGAAUCGCCUCCGUUCAGCCACAGCCUACUGAAUUUUGGAAGCUGGUCCUGGCCUCGCGUGCACUUCUCCCGCCGCGCGCCAUGCGCUUCGGCUCCAUCGUUCGCUUGUCCGUGCUCUUCGCAUCGGCGUCCUAUGCCGACCCCACGUGUCCGGGGAAGAGCCAGCGCUGGGAAAAGGAGCUCCGGCUCUCGCCCCGGGACGCGAAAGAGGCCUGCGACGAGGAUCCCACCAACCUCCGGUUCAUAUGGACUUUUCAGCCUGGUAAAGCGAGCGUAGGCGAAAUCAACUGCCAGGACUUUGACUUUGUCCUCGCUGAUGCAGGGCCGUGGAAGUGCCGCGACCACGACUGCGCCCCCGGCAUCUGCUACGAGGGCAACUGCCCCGGCCACCGCAUCUUCACGACGGACGGCACGUGUCAUCCCGACCCAGGGAUAGGCGCUGCUGGGGCGGCAACUGCCUCCGCUGGCGCGGGUGCCGCCGCGGCUUUUGCUCGAGAAGAGCAGGUACGAGGACUCGAUGACGACGGAUGGGACGUGUGGGGCGCUGCGCAGAAACGGUGCAUCUCGGAGGUCCUGGAGUUUGCAUCAGCCCCAAGCAACAUCUCCGGCGGUGUUGCCCUUUCGGGGUUCAUUGUGAACAGGUGCGGCGGCGGCAGCAGCACGCCUUGCCGGACGACGCGCGAUCCGCCCACCCUCUCGGACCUCGACGUCAACCGGUUCGUCAACUACACCGAGGAUCCCCACUUUGGCGGCGCGUACUACUUUGGCCGGGUCACCCUCAACUUCACCGCCAUCGCGGACAAGGACGUCACCUGCCGGUCGUCGGUCGACUUCCAGAUGCCCCUGAAUCUGUAUGCGGCGGCUUUCAUCGCGCCGCAGAGCCCGUGGCCCGUCAGCUCGUCCAACCCCUACGUCAUCGGCUUCAAGGCCUGGAAUCCCGCGGGCGGCCCCGACGCCGACUUCAACGCCUCGUACAACCGCUGCAUCUCGCCCACCGACCUCGUCUUCCUGCGCACCACGUCGUGGUUCUCGUACACGUACCCCAACGCGGCGCUCAGGGAGGUGGUCGACACCGUCGACCUCUCCUUUUCCGCCAACCCUACCCCCGCCGCCGAGGGAAACUCUACGGCGAGGCCGCCUUCGUCGCCGGCCGUGCGCUUCGCGGGCACGUACGUGGAGCCGCCGCAGGAUCGGUGGAACAACAUCUCGCUCGCCCAGUGGGGCGGCGACGCGCUCGGUAUUCCGGACGAUCUUUGCCUGGGCGAGACUACCUUUGACGAUCCGUUCCCCGAGGGGACCACGAUCGAGGCGGUAUACGGGGUCAACGCGAGCUUUGUGCUGGAAUUCAAGGGUUCUUUUGCCGCGGACAAUUCGACGCAGGCUGUCACGAUUGACGGGGACACGGUCAAUUUCAACGUGAUUAACGGCGAGGAGAAUGGGCAGUCGGCGCUGCGAGCGUGGGGGUGA